AUGGAAAACAAUCCAGCAGUAACAACACCCGCAACCUCGAAGCUUCAUCCAUCCCAGCCCAAUGGCGUCGCUCCUACCGAACCGCAAGUCUCGCAGUCAAAGCCAACCUCAUCUCCUCAACAUGACUCCAGGAACGACCAUGGCUGGCGCCGCGUUGUGCGAAACUUCAGCCCAUCGUGGUUCUCCGUCACCAUGGGCACUGGUGUCGUAGCAGUGCUCUUCAUCAACAUUCCCUUCCAAGCGGACUGGCUACACUACCUCUCCAUCGUUUUCUUCAUUCUGAAUACCAUCUUGUUCUUCUUGGCCUUUGUUAUCUCUGUCCUACGAUAUACGAUCUGGCCGGAAAUAUGGAGUGUAAUGAUUCGCGACCCGACAAAUUCGUUGUUCUUGGGGACGAUCCCAAUGGGUUUCGUGACUCUGAUCUCAGCAUGGAUUUCCAUCUGUGUUCCUGCCUGGGGAGUCUGGGCGGUCUAUUUCGCUUUUGCCUUGUGGGUCCUAGACUCCGUCGUGGCUAUUGCGGUGACGGUCACAUUGGGCAUACUGCUUAUGAGCGCCAGCCAUCAGCGUUCUUUGGAUAGCAUCACUGCGGCACAACUUCUACCCAUCGCCGCCACGAUCGUGGCAUCAGCUGUUGGCUCGAAUAUCGCAAAUGUGAUGCCCAAUCCACAGCUUGCUCUGGGCGCCAUCAUCGCUAGCUAUGUGAUGUGGGGGAUGGCCGUUCCGAUGGCGUUCUCAGUACUGGUCAUCUACUACCAGCGCCUCGCAUUGCACAAGAUGCCACCGAGAGAGGUCAUCGUGAGCGCCUUUCUGCCUCUGGGGCCCCUUGGCUACGGUGGCUAUACAGUCUUGAACCUUGGCCGUGCCGCCGUCAAAGUCUUUCCGAUGACGGGCUCUAUCGAUCCGAUCGCUGGCAGAAUCGCAUAUGUGAUGGGUUUCUUCGUAUCACUCGUGAUGUGGGGAUACGGACUGAUCUGGUUUGCAUUGGCUCUUGCAAGCAUCUGGAAGGCGAGGCCAUUCCCUUUCAAUAUGGGUUGGUGGGGAUUCACGUUCCCGCUCGGCGUAUACUCCCUCAGCACAAUCCUGAUUGGGAAGGAACUGCCCUCGCUAUUCUUCCGGGUUCUGGGCACUAUAUUUGCGACAUGCGUCAUUCUCCUCUGGAUUCUCAUCGCUGUACGGACCGGCAAGGGUGCAUGGACUGGGAAAAUGUUUCAUGCGCCAUGUCUUGCAAAUUUGAAGAAACAACAAGAGCAGAUGGAAGAAGAGAAGUCCAUCGGGAGUACGAGUCAGAAUACUCAGGCUGAAGGCAACAAGUGA